UCUCAUUUUAAGAAUAUAACUACGAUCAGAAAAGAAACAUUCGGGACUAUUGUCGUACAGACUGAAUAAUUUUACGCAGCCAUUUUGUGAGAUUGCACAAAUACUUUCAACUAGAAAAAACAAGCAAAAUCUUUCAUAUGGUACUUUCAGACCUACAGAAUUCUACAGAUAUGAAUGAGACAGGAAAUCGUCCAGUUUAUGACAAUCCUGUAUGGGAGAAGGCAAGGAAGGCGCUGGAAGCGGUAUCUCCUAAGAAAGGUCAGAAUCAACAGUCAGACCCUGUUGAGAACUGUGGUGGAAACUUCAUGAAUGGUGGGAUGCCACCAAGACCAGAAAUGAGCCCACAGGAGAUGUACUACCAACAAUAUAAUAACUUCAAACAGAAUCAAGGCAUGCCAAACAGACCACCAUUUCUUGGUGGCAUGCAGCAAAACAGUGGGCCUCCUGGUAUGUGGCCUGGAGGUUUUGGAAGGCCUGCACAGUUUCAAGGACCUCGUCCAGGUCCCGAUGGUCAAGAUCCAAGAGGAUUCAAUCCUAGGUUUAUGAACUCUCGACCAAGAUUUCAGCAGGGAAAUAAUAUGCAACAACACCCGGGCACAGGAGGAAUAAGGUUCAGUAUACCAAAGAGAAAUAAGAUGCAACAAAAUGGUGGAAAUUUUAACAACCAGGGACCACCCAGUAAUUUUGAGAACAAACAGAGGUUCUUCAGUCCGACAGGCCCUAGACCUAGGUUUCAGAACAAUAUGCCAAAUCAAGCACCAAUGCAGUCCCCUCCUCCGAGUAAACCACCAACAAAUGGUGAACAGUCCAACAACCAAUCAGAAAAGAAAGAGUCUGAGCUGGCAGAGAAAGCUGCUGGGGAAUGGCCACCUGCUCUCAAGAACUGGGUACAGAAAGCAUUCUCUAGUGUUAGAGAUGACCCUGACAAGGAUCGAAUGGAGGCUAUCUUGAAGGAGAAGCUGACUGAUGCAUUCACAUCUGGCAAAGCUUUCACUACCAACUGGGACAUAGAACCCCUUCCAUUUACACCAACAAAUGCUGCAGUGCCAGAUAGAGAUAUGCCGAAAACAAAAAGGAGUAGAUGGGAUCCUCAGCCAAUAAAUACAAUGGGACAACAUUCUGAUAUGGGAAUGGCACAAGGAUCAGGAAGAGGAUUUAAUGGCCGACAGAUGAACAUGCGUGGACAUCGCGGCCACUUCCAACGUGGUCGAGGCACUCCAAACCAGAGAGGCAGAGGUCGAAGGUCUUUCUCAAGAGACAGAAGGUCAUUCUCAAGAUCUAGGUCAAGGUCUAGAUCUUACUCUAGAUCCUAUUCCAGGUCAUUUUCAAGGUCACGAUCUAGGUCAAGAUCACCAGACCGUAGACGAAGGAGAAUGUCAUCGCCAGGCCGGAACAGGAGGAGGAGGUCAAGGACACGUAGUCGUAGUCGCAGCAGAAGCAGUUCUUUGUCUAGUCGUUCAUCUAGAGACUACUAUUCCCUGAAUGUUGAACAUCCAAAGGGGCGUGGCAAAUUUGGGCGUGGCAGAGGUCGAGAAGAGAGAGGUAGAGGCAGGGGCACUCCUGGUAAGGCAAGACGAGGUUCUGGAGAUACAACUAAAAACAGCUUUGGAAAGAAGAAACAGGGAAAACAACAGAAUAUUAAAAAUAAUAAGUCACCUAAAGGCACUGGAAAAAAAUUUCAACAGUUUAAGCUGGAGAACAGUGAGGAAUCAUCAGAGAAGUUGCUUGUGAGAGCAAAGAGAUUUGGCAAUCAGUUAGACAAGUCUAAUCCUAAACAGAGACUUAAUUUUGCCAUGUCAUCUAUCAAUGCUUCUAAUGAUUCGGAUGAAGAUAGCAACAUGGACUGGAGUAGUUACCAUAUUACAGGAACAUGUCAAGAUCUUGAAAAACAGUAUUUGAGAAUGUCAGGGCCUCCUGAUGCCAGCAAAAUCCGUCCUAAAGAAGUAUUACGUAAGUCAUUGGCAAUGGUGAAGAAUGACUGGUCCACUAAAAUGGAUUACCGUUACGCUUGUGAACAGAUGAAAACAAUCAGACAAGAUCUCACGGUGCAGGGUAUACGAGAUGAAUUCACAGUGGAGGUAUAUGAAACCCAUGCUAGAAUAGCAAUGGAAAAGGGGGACCAUGAGGAAUACAAUCAGUGUCAAUCACAACUGAAGAACUUGUAUAAAGAAGGCCUUCGUGGUAACAGACAAGAAUUUACUGCAUAUAGAAUACUUUAUUACAUCUUCACAAGCAAUUUAGCUGAUAUAAAUAUGGCAUUAACGGAUCUCAGUAAGGAUGAUAGAAACGAUGAGUGUAUUAAGCACGCCCUUCAUGUAAGAUCUGCCUGGGCUUUAAGUAACUACCAUAAGUUUUUCCAGCUAUAUCUGAAUGCCCCAAAAAUGGCUGGAUAUCUAAUGGACAAGUUUGUAGGGCGUGUUAGAAAGUCAGCUCUCAAGGCUGCUGUUAAAGCAUAUCGCCCAACUUUGCCGGUUGAAUUCAUUGCACCGGAAAUUGGCUUCUCUGAUCACUCGGAAUGUAUGGAGUUCCUCAAAGAGAUGAAUGUCACGUUAUCCGCGGAUGAAAGUAAAAUUGACUGUAAAGCUAGUAUGCCUGUUGUUAAUGCAUGGUAGCAUCCUGUUUUCUGGGGGAGUAAGAAAAAUGUUUAAUACCAUCCGAGUCAUAUCUGGUGUAAGGCAAGGAUGAUGCGGUUUAGGCUGGCCCUGUUAUUAAGUUUGGUAUAAGAAAUGGAAGUCUUGCUCCAGAGGCGGAAGUUACACGAGUCUAGUCCGGAAGCGAGAUGGUCAAGUUCAAAUAAGUCUCCCAAGGCGACAGCGAGCCCAAUUCCCAUUGUAUCAAAAUCCAUGGAAGAGUCACAAGUUUUAGGUCAGUAAGUCAAAAUUGCUAUAGGAGAUGAAGGGUCUGCCAGUUGGUUGUAAAAGAGAUGGUACAAGAGCUGGAAAAAUUCUACUGUUGUCAUCAUUUAGCUAUAAAAAAAAAAAGGAAAAUUAUUUGACUAUAAAUUUUGUCUAGAUGGUUGGUGUUGGGUCGCUUCAAGAUGUUCAGCUGUUUUCAGGCCAUGACAGAAAAAUGCCCAAUAUAAUAGAAAUUUAGGAAAAUUCAAUAUCAGACAUUUUAGUACAUCAGUAAGUCAUCUAAUUAUAAGAGACAGUGCUAUAUUUGCUUAUUACAAUGGACAGAUGAAAGAAAAAAAAUCGUUAAAGCCAGUAUCGUUUAUCUUAAGAAAAAUGUCAUAGUCGCGAUAUUACCACGUUGAGAAUUAAAAACCUGAAGAAGUUACUUCACCAUUAAAGAUUUUCCAGUGUAAGUUUCUUUUUGAAGUCUGUAGACACUAGAAAGUUUCACCAAAAGACAAUAAAUGUUAAUGAAGGUAAUGCGUAUCUCGGAAAGAAGAGGUCUGAAGAGAAUCGUUUGCUUCGUGUUUUUGUCAAAGUAGGAAAAAGGUUCAGGAAUCGUUUGCUUCAGGUUUCUGUAGAAAUAGGUAAUAGGUUUGUAAUUGUUCUGUAAUUGCUAGAAGUUAUACCAAGCUAUAUGCCAUUGCGGAGUCACAGAAUAAAUGGGUCAUUGGAAUACAAAGCUCUUGGGUUGGUGAUGAAGAUGAAGUUUCAAGCUCCUUCCAGCUUUCAUUGAAGGGUUAAGUAAUGCCACAAGCUUUUUAAAUGCUCGUCGAGUAUUCUACAGCCUAUAUAAGAAAUCCAUCGAAUACACGAAUUGGGAUAAAAAGGACUUGUAUUCUCAAAUAAUAUUACAGUGUUAGAAGAUUGCCUUUUUUAAUGCAAGAUGGACUUGCUUAAGAUUAAUGAAGAGUUGAUAUAGACAGAAAUUAAGUUAUGAAAAUAUUGCGUCAAAAAAGUAUUACCAGUAGCUGUGAAGACAAUGGGAUCUUCAAAGAAAUUGAUGCAAGAUGAAAACCAAGGGAAUAGGUGAAAACACCAUCAUGUUUCUGGCCCUGUUUCUGUCCCAUCAUGCCGAGUUUUGGCAGUCCUUGCAGUUGCUUUCAUUUCAGAAAUAAUUUGCUGCCGAGUCUAGCUUUCCUACGCAGGUUUACGUUCAUGGCCUACAAGAUUUGACGACGACCUUCAACCAAGAGAAUCCGAAGACGGCUCCUGCCAUCGACAUCCUUCAAAGAAUUGAAACUCCUUUUCACAAUUUUCCUGCUCGGAUUUGUUGUGGGAAGGAGUUUCAUUCCCACGGGAAGAAGAAGAGGGAUACCACUGUCUACAAAUACCACAAGUCUUUCAGUAUUUUGUUAUUUGUAUUAAAACAUGUUUAUGUAUGUAUCAUUGAAAACGCAUUUCUCAUUUAUUGUUAGAAAUAAUGCUUUAUUUGAAAUGUAGCUGUAAGUCAUUAUAGAUCGCAAACAUUUUAUGCAUGUUGAAAUGUCUUGUUUAAGGCAAUAUAAGUUCGAACUAUACAUUUGAUUCUACUUUCUUGUAUGUAUUUAGAAAACAAGAAAAACAGAUUUUUAACAUUACAGAGGCUGUCUUUUUGUCUCUUUAUCUGUUGAAAAGCUAUUAUAUCUGAUUCUUCAAGGUAAUAUAUAUUAUUUUAUCUAAACUUUAUAUUUACAAAGUCUGUUGAAAAUGAAUCUUAACUUACAGUAAUGAUGAAUUUUUUAUUUACUUGCAUUUGUAAUUUGAGACAUUUUUGUUGAUUCUUUGUAAAUGUUCUAAAAUUUAAUGAUACUGUACACCAUUUAACUGAAUGAAAAUAGUAAAGUUUUAAGAUAAGCUGGCUGAAGUUGAUCUCUAGUAGAGAUUUUAUAAUAUAAGAAGUCAUAUUCACUCCUUUUAAACAUAUUUUUAGCUCGACUAUUCUAAAGAGUAGUUAAGAGCUGUUGGACUCGCCCAUGCGUUUGUGUCAGCAUCAGCGUCCCAAUUUGGUUAAGUUUUGUAUGUAAGCUGGUAUCUCGGUAACCACUAAUGGGAAUUGAUUGAAACUUCUCGCACUUAUUCACUGUGAAGAACUGACUUACAUUGCACAGGUUUCAUAAUUCAAUUGACAAGGCUGUUGAAUAGUCAAGCAUUGCUGUCCUGACAGCUUUUGUUUAGAUUCUAAAAGGAACAAAACAGAACAACAUUGUGAAUGCAUUAUAGGGGUUUAUGAGUGGGGAGGAAUAUUUGAGUCCUUGCUCUUUUUUGAGGUAUAUAUGAUGCAACCUUUGUUAAUUAAGUUGCAUUUUGAGAAGGUGAUACUAGUUCUAGAAAAAACAGUUGUAAAGUUUUUUGUAGCCAAUUAGAUUUGAUUUCAGUUAUGGAUGAAUAUGUAGCUUCAUAGGUGUUCCAAUUUUCAAAAAAUGUACAUGUAUUUUCGAUAAAAUUGAUUCUAAUUAAAAUAAACAGUAUUCUUGUAAACUUUUUAAACACAGAGUCCAGUAUAAUAAGUACAGUCUUUUUUCUCAAUAUCGGAAAUAUUCCCAUAAAUUUGGACUGGUCAGUUUAUUAAAACUGAAAACAAAUUAACUCUGAUUUUGCCUAUUUGUUUAGACAAGUGAAAUGUUAAGUGUUUCUUUUGGACAAAUAGUAUUUUUUUACCUAAUUAAGAGGGAUUUUUUUUUUUUACAAAUAGAUAGGGAAGUCAAAAUGAAUGUUGUUCUGAAUAUAUACACAUGUAUAGGAUGUUAUUGAAUAGUUCUACUUGGCUCAUAUAAUUACAACCCUGGUAAGAACUGUUAUAUGUAAAGCAAUUUUUUAGUUUUAUAACUAUGUUGUGUUACUAAAACGCAUCUUUUAAUGUUCUCUAAAAAAAUAAAACCACUAAAAAUAGGUUCAACUUGGCUAAAUGUUUAACAUAGCACUUUAGAACGAAAAGCUAUUUAGUCUUGGAAAAUUUGUUUUUAAUGCAAGGAAUACAAAAAAACGUAAUUCUAUAAUAUUUAAAAUAAACAUGAGAAGAAAAAAAUCCUUGUAAUUUUAUGAGCCAGCAUCAUUGUUUCAGGUAUUUCUUGAUUUUCUCUAUCUUUGUUGAAUAUAUAUCUUACUGGUUAGAAAGAUAAAUGUGAUGUAAAAACUGUAAAAAAGAAUAAACAAAAGUGCUUUCACUUAAAUUAUUA